UCAGUAAGUGUCGGUCGAUCAAUAUACGGUUUCUACUUCGAAUAUUACUAUUACCAUCAAUCACUUUUGUUGCAUUUCGCAUUGCACCAAAAAACUUGAGCAAAAUUGCUGGCGAAAUUACUCCGGUCGGAAGUGGUGUUUCGUAAUACUGGUGAGAGCGAUCACGGUCCAAUAAUUCAGGAGGAUAUCAAACAACCAACAACAACAAGCUCGGACUAAUAGAGACCAGAACGCGAUUCCAACGCCGUUAACUCACGUACCGAAUGGCGCUUUCGUUUCUAUCCCAAAACUCCGGUCUGUUGGAUUUACAAAGCAUAUUCGACCCACAAUAUACUCAUCAUCAACAACAACAACAACAUUUGAGCCACCACCCUCAACAUCACAUUCAACAACACCAAAAUCAACAACUACAACAAGAACGCACCCUUUCAACAAAGUUCGAUUUGAACCUGUUCAACGAACUCGACCAAAUGGAAUUCAACAAUUUAAAUCGCAGUCAAUAUCAGAAUAAUAAUAAUAAUAAUAACAGUAUCAGCAAUAAUCAAAACUCCAACAACAACACCAACACCACUAACGGUAUCAGUGAAAAUCUAAAUCAGAUCCAAAACCGCCACUUCAUCAGCGGCUACCACCAUCAGCAUAUUGGAUCGGACUAUGAGCAAGUGAUCAACUUUGUUGACUCGCCGCCAAACUCAGAGGAAUCGUGGACAGAGGGCAGCUCGCUAAUCGAACAAAUUACGAUUGUCGUAGACGGACAGUCGAAGGACUCGCCGGGACCGCAGAUCAUCGACGUGCAGACCAUUUACCUGAACAGCGGCUCACGCAAAAGACGAAUGGAUUGGGACUCUUUGGACAUUGGCCAAAGUGAGAACUCACCCACAGCAUCGCAGAGCGGCGAUCUGCCCUCCAAAGUGGCCCAUCAGGAGAAGGAAAAGCACAAGCGCGAGAAGCACUCGGGUCGCAGCAGCUGGAGCGAUGAUAUCGGCUUCGAUCUAAACGCCGAGUUUAACAGCAACUCGUAUCUGAACAAUGAGAACUUCCUGUCGUUCUCCCCCACGCUGACCACCCUGAAGCAGGAGCCCCAAACGGAGCAGAUCAAGCCGAGCCCCAAGGUAUCCCUGGACAAUGCCGCCGCAUCGCCCUCCAUUGCCAUUGCCAAGCUGGAUGAGGUUCAGAACUCGCCGCCGCAGGCUAUUUCUGGCCAAGAUUCGGCUAACGGAUCAGGAUCGACCGCCAACGGCAAGCAUGAUGUAAACUCCGGACUCGCCUGCGGGUGCGGCUCUCCUCAGGGUUCACCACUAGCCAACGCCGAGUAUGAGUUGAACGAAAAGGGAAAGCCCCAGCAACUUAGCGUUUUGGAUCCUGCUAAAAUCGAGAUCGGUUCGGCCAACGGAGCUACCCAUGCGGAGGAUCACAAAUUUCAGUACAUUUUGGCAGCGGCCACUUCGAUCGCCACCAAGAACAAUGAGGAGACUUUGACGUACCUCAACCAAGGCCAGAGCUACGAAAUAAAGCUGAAGAAGAUCGGAGACCUGUCCCUCUAUAGGGAUAAGAUACUGAAGAGCGUGAUCAAGAUCUGCUUCCACGAGCGCCGCCUGCAGUUCAUGGAGCGCGAGCAGAUGCAGCAAUGGCAGCAAUCCCGCCCAGGCGAACGCAUCAUUGAGGUGGACGUACCGCUUUCGUACGGCCUCUGCCACGUGUCGCAGCCGCUGAGCUCCGCCUCACUGAACACUGUCGAGAUCUUCUGGGACCCACUGAAGGAGGUCGGCGUCUACAUCAAGGUCAACUGCAUUUCAACCGAAUUUACCCCAAAGAAGCACGGCGGCGAGAAGGGUGUGCCCUUCCGACUGCAAAUUGAAACCUAUAUAGAAAACACAAACAGUGCCACCGCCAGCGGCUCGGGCGGCAGCAACAACAGCGCCAUCGCCAGUGGCAGCGGAAGCAGUGGCUCCGCUGCCCCAGCAUCUCCGGAACGGACUCCUAGUGCCGGCAGCAAUGGUAAACAGGCGGUCCAUGCAGCUGCCUGCCAGAUCAAGGUUUUUAAGCUAAAGGGAGCUGAUCGCAAACAUAAACAGGAUCGGGAGAAGAUCCAGAAGCGGCCCCAAUCGGAGCAGGAGAAGUUCCAGCCCAGCUACGAGUGUACCAUCAUGAACGAUAUAUCCCUGGAUCUGGUGAUGUCCGCCACCACCACUGGCUGCUACAGUCCCGAAUACGGGACCAUGGGAAAUUCGAAUUGUGAAUUCCGCGCUGGAGUUCCUCGCAUUCGUGAACAUGCGCUUGCAUCUGAAGGAUCGUCGCUCCUGCCAACGUCAGAUACGGAACGAGCUCUACUGGAUUUUAUGAAACUUUGGCCAAACUCGCCCGUGCACAUACCCAAGUACGAUGGAAUGCUUCCGUUUGCGCCAAGUGCAGCAUCGCCGGCUACCAGCAGCAGCCCCAUAGCCAUCAACUCGGUGACAUCGACCAACUCGCCCACCCUCAAGCUGAUGGACGCCACCAACAUGGUCUCACCGCAGCAUGUGCCCGCUGACAUGGACGAUUAUAGCCAGAACAUAAUGCCGGAAUCGACGCCCUCGCAAGUGACGCAGUGGCUGACCAAUCAUCGCCUCACGGCCUAUCUCUCAACGUUUGCACAGUUCUCGGGAGCGGAUAUCAUGCGCAUGUCCAAGGAGGAUUUGAUUCAAAUUUGCGGCCUGGCCGAUGGCAUUCGCAUGUUCAACAUUUUGCGCGCCAAGACUAUUGCUCCCAGGCUAACUUUGUACGCCAGCGUUGAUGGAUGCAGCUACAAUGCCAUCUACUUGUUGUCGAACACGGCCAAGGAGCUGCAGCAGAAGCUGUUCAAGAUGCCUGGCUUCUACGAGUUCAUGGCCAAGGCCAGUGCCCAGGAGAACGGAGCCGGUGGAGCAGCCACUGCAGCUGCUGCAGCACUCUUCAACAAUUGGGGGAUGCACUCCAAGUAUUCGGGCAGCGGCUCCAAUAUCUUCAACGACGCCAACAAGAGCUGCGUGUACAUAUCGGGGCCAUCGGGCAUCCUUGUGACCAUCACCGACGAGGUGCUGAACAACGGGAUCAAGGACCGCAGCCUCUACGCGCUGGAGGUGCAGGCCGGCAAGGUGAUCCUCAAGCUGAUCAACAAGCAGGACAACAACUAAGCGAUGUUCUGGCAACGCGGAUGCACUGUAGUAGAGACCACCCGAGCAAUCAAGUAUAGUUUAUAGCAUUUACACGCAGUAAGAUGGCACAUCGAAACCGUUUUCUAUAUAGGUUUUAAUUUGUAUGAGAUUUCGCGCAGCAAUUUUGAACAAGUGAAAAGCAAGCAGCCCCUAACCCUGUUCCCUAAAAUCUUUGUUAAAGAACUAGUGCAAAAUAUUUAAGUUUCGUUUUCAGUUCUCACUUUAAGUUUUGUUUAUUUUAUAUGUAUUUUAUACCACCUACGAUACACGACUACAUAUGCACAUUUAAUUCUCCGAUGCGAUUGCAUUUCGAUUCGUUCUUUUCCUACUUUUAAUUUCUUUUAUCGUUAUGGCGUAUGCUUAUCACUUAAAGAACUAUUAUAUAUUUGUUUGUAGAACCACAUCAAUAUCAAUUGUUUGAAGUAGAAAGAAAAAACCCAAAAAAAAAACAAAUUUAAAAUACUGAUUAUUAUCUUGAAGUACAGUACCACGAAUACAAGAAUUGAUCAAUUGUUUCGAAGCAGAGUUCAACUAGCAACCAAACAACAACUUUUGUAUGUGAUAGAAGCAAUAAAGUGUUAUCCACAAGUGGACUGUCAAAAAAA